GUUAGCUGUACCAACUUUAAGAAGGGCUGUACAACGGAUUACUUCAAAAGUGCUGAUCUGUAUAAAUAUCCAGCCUGUCAUCAAAUUAAUACCCAAGAUCGAUGCUAUUAUGAAGAUCCAACCUGUCCAAAUAUGGAGACAACGCCUUUCUCGAAUGAGACGUUCACUUCAACACCCAGAAAUAUAUCGAAUAUCACAGACACAACCUUUAAUUCUACCAUGAACACAGCCAUUCAGUCUGAUGACAAUGUCCUGAAGGCAAUACUAACAGGCAGUUUUGCUGGAGUCAUCGUUCUUGUUCUUGCAAUCUUUCUAUUUUGGAUAGUCCGUUUGAGGAAAAGGAACAGAGCUAGAAAAGAUGGACAAAGCGAAGAAGAAAUUUCAAAUGAACUUGAAAGGUUUAUCAAUGCAGAUACGGACAUACGACGCAGCACUUCACCGAUAGGAAUAGCACCUGGAUUAGGGAAUUACAGUAUGUGGGGAAAACAUUUAUCAGACGAUGCUGUGUUUGGAUAA